GCUUAUACGCGCUUUUUUGUUGAUAAAUAACGUGAGAAUAGGUCGAUCGUUCUGCGUAAGCGCUCGGAAACCUGUGAAAUCCGACGCUUAAAUUUCACGGAAGGCGUGCAAAUGUUAGUCUGAGUUUACAUGAAAAGUAUUUUUAGGUUUCAGUCGUCAGUUUUUUAAGUGCGUGGAGCGACGACGCCAAUUCCGCAAGAGUUCAUGCAAAAUGUCCCUCGAUGCAGUGGAAUGCGUUAAUGCCUGUAACUUUAUUUUACGCUUGCGUGUUUCGGAACUUAACCUAUCGACGUCGUGAAGCUUACGACUUCCUAGAAGACGCUCGAUUCUGCCUUGACUGUGGCCGUCUGCGAACAGUGUACAUGCACGCAAUCGACUUUGCCCAGGGUUGCGACCGUUUCUGCGGAACUCGCCCGUCAUCCGAACUUGAAAGCAUAAGGAAGAGGCCAAGACGCUACUGCCAUAAAAAGAGUAAGAGUCACUCUUUUUCAGGAUUUUUGCCUGAGGAAUGACAGAGUGUUUAGUUGUUUAUAGAACAACUUGUUCAGGGGAGAGGAGCACAGGGGGAAGUGCAAUUUGUGUUCUCUUCCCUCUUCCAUAUGAUGUCUGCUCACUGAGACACAUCUUUCUGACCGAGGCGGUCAGGCUUACAGAGCAAUUUCUUCUUGGAUGGUCUGUUCUGGCAGUCAAUUCUGAACUCCCUUCAUAGUUGUUACAGUUUUACCAUGAGCCUCUCUCCUCAUCAGAGAGGAAACAUUAGUAAUCUUGUCAAGCAGAACGUUGAAGCCAUUGAGGAACCAGCCCAGCAUUCAGGGGAAAUCUGCUACAAUGUUGGUGCUCCAUCCUUGGAACAAACCCACAGCAGUGCUGGUGGAAGGGUGGACCCAAACCUUGAUCUCCAGAGCUCAACUGUGUUUAAGCCUGAGAAAGGAUAUCAAGUAUGGGGUCAUUUUCAACAGUCUGCUCCAGUGAAGUGGGUGCACCAAGAUCCGGCUCAUACCUCCAGUUGGUUUCAGGGUAUUCCAAACCCAGCCAAACUGCCACAGAACUUUGGCCCUUCACUGAGUGGAAUUGAUGACUCACGGGGUCAUCAAGCUUUGCAAAAGACCAAUCAUGACAUGGAUGCCUUGCAGCAAGACAAAAUGUCUGCGGGCUCCUCUGUACCCUACUCGGAGUCCUCACAGGCUCUGCCAUCAGGAAUGGAGUGGGAGCAUCACACUAUGGCAGCCAUGCACCAGGCCCAGUUCCAGGCACUCCAGCAGGGCCUGAAGUCAAGUGAACCUCAGUACCAGCCCCACUCCCUGCGUCAUGCCAUGGCCGACUCCACCUUGCAGCCUUUCCCAUUGGCAUUCGGGCCCACCAAGCAGACCCAGGCCUCAGGCUUCUUUCAGGGCUUCCACAGUAGCAGCGCAUCUCAGAAUCUGGGCUACAGUGAGCAACCCAAAACCCAGCAGCAGCUCAUGCAGUUGCAGCAGCACCAGCAGUUGCAGCAGCACCAGCUGCAGCAAAUGCACCAGCUGCAGCAAAUGCACCAGCUGCAGCAGCAGCAACAGCAGCAGCAGCAACAGCAGCAGCAGCAACAGCAGCAGCAGCAGCAGCAGCGACUGCACCACAUGCAACAGCAGUACCACAGUCAGCAGAAACAUCUGCAGCAGAUGCACCAGCAGCAGAACCUCCAGCAGCAGCUUCAAAGCCUGCAGCAGCCAGAACUGUUCACCGCACAAGCGCAUCAGCAAGACCAGCGGCUUCCAAGACCACAGCAACCAGACGACAAACAGUUGAAAUCUAAUUCUGGUAAGCUGUCUGACCAGAGCCAGCCCAUGGCCAUACAGCCCCAAGUGCAUGAUCAAAGUCCCCAGUCACCAAAGAACCAGGAUCCUGCUCCCGGUAAAGCUCAGGAAACCCAAGGCAAACCAGGGGCCCUCCCUCGCCGCUCCCGACGCCUCUCGAAAGAUGGAGUCUCUCCUCAGAGCAGCCAGCCACCUAAAGAGCCUGCUCAUAAUGGAGGCAUGGGUGUCGUUCAUGAACCCUCAGGAAGUGUCAUCCAAAGCACACAAAGGAGGAGGAGGGCUUCCAAAGAAAUCAACCUUGAGACUCUUGCUCAGAAGGCUUCAGAGAUGGAGUUUUUGCCUGCAAAGCGUGAAGAAGGCACCUCAGGCAGGCAGGCCGGUAUGGCCCCACUGGUGAUUCCUGUCUCUGUGCCUGUUCGGAGGGGCCAUGCCCAGAUGGAGCAAGGGCCCCAAUGGGGGCCUGAGCAGAGGCCUCCUCCAGACGCUGCCCAGCAAGAGGCCCAGCCUGAGCGCAAGCCUUCCGUCAUCGUCGCACGCCGCCGAUCAUUAAGGAACUCCGUAUCGGACACCUUUAACCAGAAUGAAGAGAAAGAAGAUGGGAGCUCCUCAGACAAGAUUAAACGUCGGCCCCGGCCUGAGCCCCUGGUCAUCCCUCCACCCAAGUCCUGCACCUUCAUCGUCCCAUCUGUCUACUCUAGCAUCACGCCUUACCAGAGCCACCUGCGUUCCCCUGUGCGCCUGCCAGACCACCCGCUGACCCUGCCCCCCUACACACCUCCACCCAUCCUCUCGCCUGUGCGGGAGGGCUCAGGCCUUUACUUCUCCGCCUUUCUGUCCUCCAUUGCGGCAGGCAGCCAGUGCCUGCCUCCCUCAUCGACGCCCAAGACCGCUUCCAGGAGCCUCCUGCAGUCUAGUAGCUCUGACAUGACUCCUCCGGUACUUCCUGUGAUGGGAGAGGCCACUCCAGUCAGUCUUGAGCCACGCAUAAACAUCGGUUCACAGUACCAGGCAGCGAUACCUGAUCUCCAGGACCCAUGCUUGGUCCAGCAGGAUGACCACAAAGCUACACUGGUUUGGCUUCCUUUGCCAGAGCAUAAACCUACUUCCUCCUUGGAGGAGAAAGUUGACAAUCUGAUGAACCUUGCCUGCUCCAGUGUGCUGUGUGGUGGAGGAACUAAUGUGGAGCUCAUGUACCACUGUCUGCACCAGAACGAUGGUGAUGUCAUGAAAACCCUGGAACAGCUGAUGAUGAAGGACCCUGUCUUCUCCAGGAGUCACCAUCUCGCUCACUACCAUUAUGCAGGGUCAGACUAUUGGACAGCAGAAGAAAAGUGCUACUUCAACAAAGGGAUCUCUGCUUACCGGAAGGAUUUCUUCCUGGUUCAGAAACUGGUACGGAGUAAAACAGUGGCGCAGUGUGUUGAGUUCUACUACACCUAUAAGAAACAGGUGAAGGUCGGUCGGAAUGGGUCCCUCAUAUUUGGUCACAAAGAACUAGAAGAGAGGAGCGCUGAGAUCACACUGAAACAAGAGGAGGCUGGAGAAGCAGAGGAGGGCAAACGGAAGAGAGAACUGGACACCAGUGCCAUUCACCUCAAAUCUGUGACCCAAACACUCCAGGCCAGUGAGAAUGAGGGGAAAGUGCUGGUGCUAAACAACCCGAAGAUUGGCUCUGUGAACGAAGCCACUGUGUUGAGACAGGAAGCCCAGACUCCACCUUCCUCGGCUGUAAAACCCCACCCUGAAAGUGUAGGGAAGAGAACUAAGCCUGCAGCUGCUUCCAGGAGUCAUGGAGAACCAGAGGGUAUAUUUCCCUGCAAGAAGUGUAGCAGAGUGUUUUACAAAGUGAAGAGCCGCAGCGCCCACAUGAAGAGUCACGCGGAGCAGGAGAAGAAGGCAGCAGCGCAGCGGCAGAGAGAGGAAGAAGAGCAAGCAGCUGCGAAGGCCAGGCAGGACGCAGCAGAGGUGGAGAGGGUGGGAGGGCGAGAGGAUGGCAGCGGAGCAGAGGAGAGCUCAGCUGAGGUUGAGGACGAGCGGGAUGAAGACUGGUGCUGAGAGAAGACCGAGGCGCUCAUUGCACUGGUCCCACCUGGCCCAGGUGUCUGAUUUGGCCAGAUUUUUGCUGGCUUUUUCUCAAUCCUGUAGAGGACUGGUUUAUUCAGAGAACUGUUGACCAAAGGUGACGUGAAUGCAAUGUGGGUUUUUGUUGGUUUGUUUUGUUUGUUUUUGUUUUUUUUAAUAUAAUCACAAGUGUCAUUCGUGCUGUAUCAACAAAUUUGACACGAAUGGUAUAACAUGAAUAAAGUCAUAGAAGCAUAACCUCAACUGAAGCACAUGUAUAAUGUCUGCUAAGGCAUUAGACUUCCCAAAUGAAUGUAAAUUACAUAGACUUUAUGGCCUAUCCAAGGUGCCCAUGUUUGUAAUUCACUUUUACCAAUGUUUUUACUGCGACUUUUGUAAUAACUUGGGUAUUAUUAUAUAUGAAUGUCACAUUUUAUAUAACUUUACAUAUAUGUAUCUCACCUGAGGAAAAUGUCGGCCACGUUUGUGUAGUAAUUUGGGCUUUUUUUUUAAUGCGAAUGUUUUGCAAUGAUCCGAAUGUGGAAGGACUGCUAAAGCUUAAAGAAAAGUAAGAAAUUAUGGACAUAGUAAUUGUAUUUUUUACAUUUAUAUUAUCACUUCAAGGAUACACUAUUUUAACCUUUAUUCCACAUGCCUAUGGGUAAAUUCAAGAUGGAUAUAUUUUGUGUACGGAAUGUAAAAAUGGUGUAAAAGUAUGAUGACUUCUCAGUGUGGUUGUUACUUUUUUUUUAAUACAGAGUUUUUAAUAGCUAAAAUACUUUUUUUUGCAAAAGUGGGCUGAGGGGGCAAGAUCAAACAUUUCUGUAACCAAAUUUGCUGAAUGAUUUAUGCAUUCAUAACUUUGACAACCAGCUGGAGCAUUUGUGUCUUUCUCGUAUAGCCAACAUGUCUUCGUGUUCUGUUUUUAUACACUUAUGAGAGAAACUACAGCUGCAGGAUAAUAAUAAAAUUGCUUACAAGUGUAAGCUUGAAA